CAGAAAACCAAAGUGACCCGCGAUUUGCACUUCUUCUUUUGAGAUUGUCUCGAAUGGCGCUUUAAAAGACGCGCGCAUAUACCAGAUAGGAUCUACACGUGUCUGUGUUGUCUUAGGUGCGCGAUCAGCCAACUCAAGAGCUGAGCUGCGCUCGACGCGAAGAUGACCUCAACGGAUAACCACAACCCGGCGAUGGCCUCAACACAGGACGAAAAGGCCACACAAAACACAACAAGCCUCAAGGGAUCAAAGUCCGAUAACAUGCAACAAGUUGUGAAGCAAUCCAAGGGCAACUCAAAAGUACUGACGCCAUGGGUCUACGAUCUCGGACUGGGAACCUUCAAUCUUGCAUUGGAUGUGUUCUUCAGAGAAAUCUAUCCGAGAAACACCUACAGAAUUCCCAAAAAGGGGCCAGUCAUUAUCGUCGGCGCUCCUCAUGCCAACCAGUUUGCUGAUUCUAUCAUCCUCAUGCGACUGCUGAAGCAGCAUGUUGGACGCCGCAUGUCUUUCCUAGUGGCUGAAAAGUCCAUGAAGGAACCUUACAUCGGUGCCAUGGCUGGCAAGAUGGGUUCUUUGCCAGUGACGCGAGCUAUGGAUCACGUCAAGCCUGCUCAGGGUUACAUCUCUCUCCCAGAUCCUGAGAAUGAUCCAACCCUGGUCCGUGGUGUGGGUACCAAUUUCCUCAAUGGCCAAUACAUGCAUGGUGGCAGCAUUAUCAUGCCGAAGCGACCGGGCUCGAAGGCAGCACCUGAGAGUCAGUAUAUUGAGGAAGUCCUGGGACCAAGGGAGUUCCGCCUCCGAGAGGCAUUCAAGACCGAGGACGCUAUCAUGCAACUUACUGGCGAGAGCAAAGCUCCAGAUGGGAGCAAGAUCAAAGGCACAAAAUUCAAGGUUGCGCCUCACAUCGAUCAAAACCGCAUGUUCGAUGCAGUCUACCGCGAGCUCUCCAAGGGUGCCUGUGUUGGUAUCUUCCCGGAAGGUGGAUCUCACGACCGAAGCGACUUACUGCCAUUAAAGGCCGGUGUUGCUAUCAUGGCUCUGGGAUGCCUGGCUCGUGAUCCGGACUGUGGCCUCACCAUCAUCCCGGCUGGUAUGAACUACUUCCACGCUCAUAAGUUCCGCUCGCGAGCUGUCAUCGAGUUUGGAAACCCUAUCGAUGUACAUCCUGAUCAGGUGAAAGCUUUCAAAGCUGGAGGCAAUGAGAAACGCGAUGCUAUUGGAUCACUUCUCGAAACUAUCUACGAGGGACUGGCAGCAGUGACGCAACCUAGUCCGGACCACGAGACGCUACAGCUGAUUCAAGCUACGCGCCGUCUUUAUAACCCUCCUGGUCGCAAGCUUCCUCUACCUGUCGUCAUCGAAUUCAAUAGACGUCUACUGAAGGGCUACACCAAGUACCAGGAUGAUCCGCGCGUUGGAAAGCUGAAGAAGGCGGUUGUUGACUACAAUCGCCAUCUUCGUGCGUUAGGUAUCAAGGACCAUCAAGUCGAGUGGGGUGAUGCUUCCGCACGCCCUUGGUGGUGGUGUCUGGCCACGCUACUUUACCGCCUUGGCGAGCUACUGCUUCUGGCAUUGGGAACCUUGCCAGGUAUCCUCAUGUUCUGGCCAGUCUUUGUGACUUCCAAAAUGAUCUCUAUCAAGAAGCAAAAGAAGGCCCUUGCUGGUUCGGUCGUCAAACUGCAAGGUCACGACGUCAUGGCUACCUGGAAGAUCCUGGUCGCAAUGGCACUUGCCCCAGCUCUGUACAUCUACUACACCGCGCUUGUGAGCACUUGGCUCUAUUACAAUCGCAUUGGUGGGCAGUACACCUUCUCUCUCCCUUGGUACCUCCGAGCAAACACCUAUGUUCCCGACUUUGUCCCUCUUUGGCAAUUCUCGAUCUUCUUCUUCGGUCUCAUGGUGUCUGUUUCUUUGGCUGCUUUACGUAUCGGUGAGAUUGGUAUGGACAUCCUGAAGUCAUUACCUCCUCUCUUCGUAGCUCUGAACCCGUCAUCCUCGGCCUCACUCACGCAACUCCGCGCUCAUCGCAAUGCCCUCGCUAAGCAAGUGCGUGAGACUACGGACGCCAUCGGUCCUGAUGUCUUCCCUGGAAUGGUUGCUCGUGGUUUGGAACAAUCCGAGGAUGAAGAAGGCGAAUCAUACCAAUCACAGAUGAAGCGAAGCUCUCUGGCCGACAAGGCUGACGAGAGAAGCAGAAGCCGUGGACCCGGCCCAUUCUGGUGGCCUGAAGCCUUGACUCCUGGUAGUAGAUCUACCUCGUUCUCCAUGGCUUCGUCAACGCCAGAAAGAAGAGGAAGAGGCAGAAAUGAGUCAGUGGUACAGGAACCCCGCCAAAAUGAAGAUGAGAGCGAAAAGGUUGAUGAGUAUGUUGACUACAGUUAUUAAGUGAUAUUUGCAUAGCUUCCUCCCAUCACAUAUUUGUAUAGCGUCUUUCAUCAGUACAUAAUGACCAAAAUUCACAGCCUCUCCUACCAAGAUCAAUUCGAUCAUGGCUCUGCAAGU